CUUCUAUGAAAAUAUUUCAGAAUUUUUGUCACCAGGGUUCUGUUUGGUACUUCUGAGCCUCUACAUGUUUUCUUGUACUUUAACUUUGAAAAAUUGAAAAAGAAGUUUUAGUCACAGCGUUCUACUCUGAAUGAGCUAUAGCAUCCCAGUGACAUUUUAUUGUGCCUAGUAUAUGCACUUUAUGUGAGGACUUCCAUAUUAUUCUAACCAUAAUGUGUUUGUUUCACAGAAUUUAACUAUAGAUUUCCAACUAUAAUUAUAAAAAAAGUUUUGUAGAACUACUACAUCACUAAUAUGAAAAACACAUUUAUUUUACUGUUGCCUAACUCUGCAUUCAUGAGAUUUUCCCAAGAACAUUAGAAAUUUUCAAAAGCAUCUCCACAACAAAGUUUCUGAUUAAUGAUGUGCUUACUUGAUUAUUUGAGACAGACUCUGUAACACAGGCUAGACCGUAACCCCAGAUUAUGCUUUAAAUACACACUUAUACUCCUCUGCCUAGUAAAUAAUGGAAUCACAAGGGUGACCCACCAUACUCAGAUUUUAUUUGUGCUUAAAGGCAAUUAUAUGCUUACCUUUUAAAAAAUGACAUACUUAUGGAUUUUUUAGAAUAAUCCAAAUUUCUACCUCCAUCUCUACUAGAAAAAGAAUAUUUGAAUAACAAUUUUUCUAAGACUACUCAAAACUUCUACUACCAACAAUUUUGCCAAUAGAACAUUAUAAAUUACUACAUAAACAUACCACAUAUUUUUACAUCUUUUUACUCAGAGUUAUUGUAAAAAUUGUCUUUAAUCACCCUAAGUACAAAAACUCAUAAAGAGAUCCAAUCCUAUUUCAGGGUUCAAUUCCAUAGCAUGUAAUGAAGUUUACAGUGUUUGAAGUUAGGUUUUGAUAUCCUUUGUGGUUAAAUACAAAAUUUUCCAAGUUAACAAAGCAAGAAAUCACAAAUCUUAAAUUUAUUUAUAUUAGUACACAUUCAUUAUCAAAUAGUAUGCUACAUUGAUUUAAUAUUAAUUUAUUUAAUAUCAUGUCUUGAAAUAUAUAAAAAGCAGGAAAGCUAUUUGGACUUGAUCUUUAGUGUGUUGUCUUUAUAUAGUAUAAAAAUUAGAGAAAUUCUUUGCUCACAGAGAAUAUACACAUAGUUUCUAAGCUAGAAACCUCAAGUAGCUGUACUUGUAUUUGUAGAUUUUUUUACAUUAGUUGUUCAAUUUUUCUUAUACUUUUAGCAUGCUAGACCAUAUACAAGCCAAUCUUUCCUUAGUUAAUAUAUUAAAUUUGAUGGCCUGAAUAUAUUACUGUCCACAGCAGGUCACUGACUUUGGUACCAGUAAAAAGUAUCAUUCAGUUGUGUAUAUCCAUAGUGAAAACUUAAUCCCUUAAAACCAGAUAUUUCGUGACAUCUUUAAGGAUCAGAACUCUUUAUUUUUGCUUCUUCUUUCUUGACCUUAGAGAAUGCAAAUUACUGGUGUAAAUUGAUUAAUUUACUUUUCUCCCAGAAUAACAUACUUGAGACUUUCUCCAGCCUUGAAACAUGCUGUGGAUUAAACAGCAUAAUCCUUCUUGUUUUCCCUCGAGGAAUUAAUUGCAGGUUAAAUCUCCACUCUUUUCAUCAUUUUACAAAGCAAAUAGCAAUAGGCAUUGUGAAGGCUGUUAUUUCUACACUAAGUGAAUCGUUGGGCUGGAAUUUUUUGUCAUAUAUCUUUCACUUAAUAAAAAUUUAAUCAUUUCUUACCUGAAACCCGAUCCCAUAUAUCUUGAAGAACAAUGUUCUGAAGGAAUACAAAAGAAUUCUGAACAAUAUAGCUCUGAAAAAUGGGACAUGAAUGCUUUUAUGAAUAUGGGUAUGAUUCAAAUAGACAAGUGCAGAUAAAUCUACAUGAAUAUUGCAUCUGGUUCUUUGAGCGGCUUAUAAUUUUGAAACUGUCACAUGUCAGCAAAUAUAAAACACUGCCAAAAUAUCAAAACAGAAGUGGAUCUCCACUUCCUGCAAUUUCAUCUAGUUCAUAUAGGAUACUCAUGACUGUUUUUCCUAGUGAUGAUUUCUUUUUAUUUUAUUGAAAAAUAGAUUUUUUUCUCACAUAAAUAUAUCAUGAUUUUUGGACUCCUCACCACCUCCCUUCCCAUUUGGGCCUACACCAUUUCUGUCUCUUGUUAGAGAGCAAACAGGCUUUUAAGUGCUAAUAAAAUAUAACAUAAUACAAAAAAGUCAUCAUAUCAAAGUUGGAUAAAGCAGCAGAAGGAAAAGAGCCCUAGGACAUGACACAGGAAGCAAGACCCUCAGGAAUUUCAACAAAACACUGAACUAGAAGCCACACUCUAUUCACAGAGGCUCCAUGCAUGCUGCAUGGGGUCUCACUGAGUUCCUAUGCGUUCUGCUCAUAUUGGUUGAGAGGGCCUUAUUAUCUCUGUGCCCUCUUUCCCCUCUGGCUCUUAUACUCUGCCUCUUCCUCCACCAGGUUCAUUGACCUCUAAGAGGAGGAGUUUGAUGUAGAUGUCCCACCUAGUUUAGGGCUGAGUACUCCAAGGCAGGUUUAUGAAGCACAUUAUUUUUAUUCAUACAAAAUAGUUUACCAUUAACUCUCCCCCGAGAGGAGAAAAGUCGGCAUAUGGAAAAAAAAAAACUUUAGAAUGUAUACAUGUAUGUAUACUUGGUAAGGAACCUUUAGAAUGUAUAUAUGUAUAUAUUCUUGGUAAGGAACCUUUAGAAUGUAAUACAUGUAUGUAUACUUGGUGAGGAUAGAAAUGGACAAAUUGAUUUAUUUAAAAAAUGUUACUACCAAGUUGGAAUUAAUAGACAGACUCCAAGUCAUGGCUCACUCUUCUAUUAAAAGAAUGUCCUUAAGACUGUCUAUGAUCAAUGGUCAUGACAAAAACUACCAUGUCUUUAUCUCUGAAAAAAAAAAAACAGUAAGAGACAGUAUCAGAGUAUUUCUAAACAUAUGACAGGUGCUUAAUCCUGAAGUUUUUUUUCUUAAAAAGCUAAAAUUAAUAAGACAGUCAUCAUCUGCAUACACAAUACAUAUUCUGUGACGCUCUACCAUGGCGUAUUUAAACAAAUAAUUCAGACAAGGCAAACAGCUGAUACAGGAGAAGUUCAGUUCCCUCAAAUGUCAGAGUUAUGUUGAAACUUCUGUUUCAUACAUUGCAUUUUGCUGUGCAAUUGAGCUUGAGACUUGGGAAGUGACACACACCUUUGUUUUUCUUCUUUUCCUUUCUUCGUUUUCUUUUCAUUAGAAUCACUCCCAUUUAAUAUGAUUUUUAGAAAAGCUUCUUACAGUUCAAUUGUUUAUAACCAACUCUUUCAAAUUUACCAUUCAAAUAAAACACGAAAGCUUGAGUUUAGAUGUUCAUUUAUAAAUGUGAUACUGAUAUUAUGUUCAUUUUUCCACUGAGCAAAUGUACAAAAGAAUUAUGAUUUAUCAUCAGUCCACCAACAUAUUCGUUAUACACUCUGAAAUCAUUAGAUAGGCAGAAUGCCAGGUGCUGCACUCAUGUAGAGUUUUACCUUACACCUGAGUGAGUAAACUAAAUUGAAUUUACAAGCACCUAUGUCAUUAGUUAGUAUCAGUAACACUGGAAAUAUGAGUAGUGAAAUCAGAUUACCCUACUGUAAACACGAGUAUAGGAACUCCAUCUUUGUAGGUGUGAUUUGCACGCAUUUAAAUUGGCAUGGACAUCUUUGAAAACAAGCUGUGUAUGAAUUCAUAAUGAGCGUGAGAGUAGCCACCAAUCAGAAAGUGUCAUUACCCUGUGGUUCCCACUUGCACGUUUCAUUACUCUUUUGGAUUCUGAGCUUUCCUUGCUCCUCUCUCUUUCCUUCUGAUUGACUGUAAGGCAUGGACUGAAAUCCUUAAACUAGGAUCCGAGCCACAAACAGCACUGAGCAGCGCGGAAAUCCGAGGAAACCCUGCUUUCAUUUCCAGCAUUCCUGGUAAAACGUUGACCCUAGACCUACAACAUUUAAGGUUCCUGUCACAACUAUUCCCGACCUGAACCCUCCACCCACCUGAAAAUUAUCCUCUGAAAUUCGCUUCACUUUUCUCCAGCGUCAUCAAAAACCCUUCCUAGUGCUAUUGAAGAAAGAAAAAGAAAAAGAAAAAAAAGCCUUACUCAGGCUUGAUAAUCUGCUCCUCUUCAAUAAAGAAAACGAUAAUAAUGUUAACAAAUACACUACAGAAAAUCCAACGCCAGUGAUAAGCGCCUUAACAAACAUUGUAAGUUUAACCUGAAAGCAUCCUUCAGCUUUUUCCGCAGGUUUAGCCUGCUCUUCCACCUGCGAGCAGUGGAGGAAUUUUUGUUGUCUACUAACCCCCUCUAGCGCCGAAUUGGCUGCACCCGAGCCACAGCUGCUGUCAGACGGGAGAUCGCUCGGCUCCACCGAGCUCAGCAGAGCUCUAGGGCCCUGCCCUCCACGCACCCCUCUCGGCCGGCAGCAGGGCGACAGCUUGGAGACUGCAGGUGGCAACACCACUUCCCAUCAGCUAGUCCCGUGCCUCGGCCCAGGGCGGGGUCCCACCAAGUAAGUAGCCAGUGAACCGGCUUAGGAGAGCCCGGACCUGGGAGACAGGGUAUUGAGAAGGGGCAUCCGGAGCAAGGAGAGCGCACCGGCCCCCGCGGGCUGCCUUGGACUUGACCACGCACUGCUCAGACCUUGGGCUGCUCCCAGCUUCUAGCCCGACGCCACCGCGGAAAGGCAGACUUAUCCAGGCCCCUGGAAGCCCCGCACCAAAGCUGCUAUGAAGAUGCUAAUGACCUCCAUGGCGAAGUCACCACCUUAUGCGGAAUGCUAAGACUUGGGGAAGCCAAGGCGCCAGGCACCAGUAGACUUCCAGCGCUCAGUGACUCCUCUCUGUAGCCUCUUCUCUCCCUAUGCUUUCCAAGGACUCAGAACGGGAGAGGUGGCCACAAACCUCGGUGGCCAAGUUUGGGAGGCUAGCACUCAGACACGUCAGGGCUGACCACUACCUUCGCCAAGCUGUGCCCCGGGGCCAGGAGCGCUGACCUGCAACCCUCACCCUUUCUGGUAGCAGAAAUGUCUCCAAGGGAAAGGUGGUGUCCAGAGCUGAGAGCACAUCGUUACAUGGGGGAGGGGGGACGCAAGUGCUUGGGGGACUAAGGUAGCUUCCGUGAUACCCAAUAAACAGCUGCUACGGCCGAGGGGGGCGGCGCAGAUGCCGCCGAGUCGGUGGUCACGAGGCGACACUCAGCCCAGGCUACUCAGUCAAGAGGCUGAGUGCUCAGUCCGCCCCUCCCAGGGACCACUUGAGAUCCCGCUGAGCCUCAGUCGCUGGGUUUCCCAGACACCAGACACAUGAAAGUUCUGGAUGCCCAGACUACCCUUACUAUCUGCUGUGCCUCCUCUGCUCUGGGGUCUGUAAGUGCCCACUUGGAUGCAGAGAGCACUUGGGUCCCCAGAACUGCACCUUCACUACCCGUCCAAACGUCCCUACCCAUCCCCAGUACCGGCCUAGAGCCACCCUCCCCCGUCCACCAUCCCCUCCCCCAAACUAGAGCCUGAGCUCGCUCUUGCGCGCGCGCUCUCCUGGGCCCAAGUGAAUAGUCCUCGCUCGAGCGGGACACGGUGGUGGAUGCAAUUCCCCUCGCCUCCAGCCGCCAGGAGCUCCCCGGCGGCGCAGGCAGCAUCGUCCCCGCAAGCAGCUGCUCCAGCACCUGGGCAGCCUGGACCCUCGUGCCCUGCGCACCGGGCCUCGCGCGGGGGGCGCCCCGGGACUUCCCCUGCGGACCGGGUGGAGGAGGAAGAGGAGGAGGAGGAAGAAGAAGAGAGCUUGGUUCAGGACCCCCACGCUACUAGGAACACCUGGCUGCGCUGCUGCCACUUCUUUUUAAGGAGGAGAAGAGAACCAACCAGAGCCAUGGGGGGCUGCGAAGUCCGGGAAUUUCUUUUGCAAUUUGGUUUCUUCUUGCCCCUGCUAACGGCUUGGACCGGCGACUGCAGUCACGUCUCCAACCAAGUUGUGUUGCUUGAUACAACCACAGUGAUGGGAGAACUAGGAUGGAAAACAUAUCCAUUAAAUGGGUGGGAUGCCAUUACUGAAAUGGAUGAACACAAUAGGCCCAUACAUACAUACCAGGUAUGCAAUGUCAUGGAACCAAACCAGAACAACUGGCUUCGUACUAACUGGAUCUCUCGUGAUGCUGCACAGAAAAUUUAUGUGGAAAUGAAGUUCACACUGAGGGAUUGUAACAGCAUCCCAUGGGUCUUGGGGACUUGUAAAGAAACCUUUAACCUGUAUUAUAUAGAAUCCGAUGAAUCCCAUGGGACAAAAUUCAAGCCAAGCCAAUAUAUAAAGAUCGACACAAUUGCUGCUGAUGAGAGUUUUACUCAGAUGGAUUUGGGUGACCGCAUCCUUAAACUCAACACUGAAAUCCGUGAGGUGGGGCCUAUAGAAAGGAAAGGAUUUUAUUUGGCUUUUCAAGAUAUUGGAGCAUGCAUCGCUCUGGUCUCAGUCCGAGUUUUCUACAAAAAAUGCCCCUUCACCGUGCGGAACUUGGCUAUGUUUCCUGAUACCAUCCCAAGGGUUGAUUCUUCCUCUUUGGUUGAAGUGCGGGGCUCAUGUGUAAAGAGUGCUGAGGAGCGAGAUACUCCUAAACUCUACUGUGGAGCUGAUGGGGAUUGGCUUGUUCCUCUUGGAAGGUGUAUCUGCAGUACAGGGUAUGAAGAAAUCGAGGGUUCUUGCCAUGAAGGCACAGUGAUGACUGACCAACAAAAUGAUUAGACCUAAGUCUUUGUGAACAAGUCAAUUCAUUUGGAUUGCUUACAAGAAUAUGGAGAAGACAUUAUUUACAGCAGCUUGGAUAAUUCAAAGGUUGUUUCAUCUUGAAAGACCUACUCUACCAUAGAUGACAACACAUGAAGGUUGUGUGACUAGAUUCCUGUCAUGAUCUUUGGGCAGGUGAUUUGCUUGAAGACUAUCUUCUUUCUCAAAGUUAUACUGCAUAGCACCUUGGGAAGAAUCUAUGUGAAUAUCUUAAGUUUCAGAAGCUUUCUAAAUCUGUUGGUGUAUUUCCUGAGCCUUACAUACCUCUUCUUCCUUCCAGAAAUGGAUGUUUUCAUCAAGAGGAAUUUGGUGCAUGCAUGCACGCGCAUGUGUUCAUGUGUGCACUAUAGAUGAUAGAUAGAUAGGUAGGUAGGUAGGUAGGUAGAUAGAUAGAUAGAUAGAUAGAUAGAUAGAUAGAUGAUACAUAGAUAGAUAGACAGAUGAUAGAUAGAUGAUAGAGAACUAAUACAACCAAUAAUAAGAAAGAUGAAGUAAAAAUGUUACUCUUUAGACUCAUGCAGUAUGAGAUUUGUUCACACAAAGGUCAUUAUUAAUAGAAUUAGAUACAUACUAGUUCAAUAGACCUACUUAUAGCCUGCCUGUGUUUAAAAGUUAUUGUGCUUACUGUCUUGGCUUGUUUUACUGUCAAAUUGGUAGCCUACAUUCAUCUGAGAAGAAAGCCUCAAAUGAUAAAUAGCCUAGAUCAAACUGGCCUGCAGUCUUAUCUGUGGGCAUUUGUCUUAAUUGUUAAUUGAUGUAGACAGGGGCCCAUCCCACUAUGUGUGGUAUCUUCUCUAGGUAGGGUACCUUGAACUGAAUAAGAAAAUGAGCCAAGUAAAAUGAUCUAUAAGUUAACUAGAAAACAAAAAACAAAAAAUAACUAAAACAAAAAAUUCCCCAGUUUCUUUCAUACAUUUUUACUGUUAUGUUAGAUUCUUGAUUCUUGAUUGGAUAUUAAUGUUGUGUCCAAUGGUAUGUAGGCCUGCCUUCAAGUUCCUGUGUUGGCCCUCUCUCUUCAAUGAUAGACUGUGACCUUAGUUUUAAAUAAAAUACCCACUCUCAUUUGAUUUGGGUCCAAAUAUUUUAUUACUUCAAAAAAAUGAAACUAAAACACUUGACCUAUGAAUAUCUGAUAAAAAAAUUAAGAAAUGCAAUUAAGGAGUGCCCCUCCUGCUCUACAUCUUUCACAACAUACAUUAUCACUUGAGAUUUCCUCCUAGCCAUUCUGAUGGUUGUAAUAUGAAAUCUCAGAGUGGUUUUGACUUAUAUUUCCCUGAUGACUAUAGAUAUAGAGCAAUUCUUUAAGUGUUUCUGUCAUUAAAUAUUCCAAUGUUGAGAAGUCUCUGUUUAGCACUGUACCAAUGUUUUUAAUUAAUUAAUUUAUUUUUUUACACACAGUAUUUUAUUCCCCUCCCCCGUCCACCCUCCAACUGUUUCACAUCCCAUACCUCCUCCCUAGCCCCCUGAUCUCUAAACAUCCUGGGGCCUCCAAUCUCUUGAGAGUUAGGUGCAUCAUCUUUGAAUGAACACAGACCUGUUGGUUCUCUACUGUUUGUGUGUUGGAGGCCUCAUAUCAGCUGGUAUAUGCUGCCGGUUUGGUGAUGCAGUGUUUGAGAGAUCUCAGGGGUCAAGAGUUAUUGAGACUGCUGGUCUUCCUACAGGGUCCCCUUCUCCUCAGCUUCUUUCAGCUUUUCCCUAAUUCAACCACAGGGAGCAGACGCUUCUGUGCAUUGGUUGGAUGCAAAUAUCUGCAUCUAACUCUUUCAGCUGCUUGUUGGGUCUUCCGGAGUACUUUCAUGCUAGGUCCCUUUUUGUGAGCAUUCCACAGCCUCAGUAAUAGUGUCAGGCCUUGGGACCUCCCCUUGAGCUGGAUCCUACUUUGGGCCUGUCACUGGACCUUCUUUCUUCAGGCUCCUCUCCAUUUCCACCCCUGUAAUUCUUUCAGACAGUCAAGAGUUGUGACUGUGGGAUGGCCCUCCUUCUCCCUCAUUUGAUGCCCUGUCUUCCUGCUGGAGGUAUGCUCUAUAAGUUCCCUCUUCCUAAUGUUAGGCAUUUCAUCUAAGGUCCCUCCAUAUGAGUCCUGAGAGUCUCUCACCUCCAAGGUCUCUGGUGAUUCUGGGCGCCCCCCACCCCCACCUCCAAAGGUUGCCUGUUUCCAUUCCUUCUGCUGGCCCUCAGGGCUUCAUUGCUUUUCCCUCAUCCAAUUCCAGAUCAGGUUACCCUCUCUCCCCCCACUUCCCUCCCCCAAUGUCCACUUUCCCUCCCAGGUGCCUCCCUACCUCCCCACUUGUGAUUGCUUUCUUCUCCCUCCCAAGUGGGACUGAGGCAUCCUUAUUUGAGCCCUUCAGGUUGUUGACUUUUUGAGUUCUGUGGACUGUAUCUUGUGUAUUCUGUACUUUUUGAGGGGCUAAUAUUAACUUAUUAGUGAGUACAUACCAUGUGUGUCCUUUUGGGUCUGAGUUACUUCACUCAGGAUAUCUUCUAGUUCCACCCAUUUGCCUGAAAAACUCAGGAUGGCUUUGUUCUUAAUAACUAAGUAGUAUUCCAUUGUGUAAACGAACCACAUUUUCUGUAUCCAUUCUUCUGUCGUGGGACAUCUAGGUUGUUUCCAGCUUCUGGCUAUCACAAGUAAGGCCACUAUGAGCAUAGUGGAACAUGUGCCCCUGUGGCAUGGAGGGGCAUCUUUUGCGUAUAUUCCCAAGAGUGGUAUAGCUGGGUCUUCAGAUAGAUCUGUUUUCAAUUUUCUGAGGAACCUCUAGAUUGAUUUCCAGAGUGGUUGUACCAGUUUGCAAUCCUACCAGCAAUGGAGGAGUGUUCCUCUUUAUCUACAUCCUCUCCAACAUGUGUUGUCACCUGAAGUUUUGAUCUUAGCCAUUCUGACUGGUGUAAGGUGGAAUCCCAGGGUCAUUUUGAUUUGCAUUUGUCUGAUCACUAAGGACUUUGAACAUUUCUUUAGGUGCCUCUCAACCAUCUGUUGGGUUAUUUGUAAUGUUGGUGUUGAAUUUCUUGAGUUCUUUAUAUAUUUUGGAUUAUAGCGCUCUGAAAGAUGUUGGGUUGGUGAGAAUCUGUUCCCAUUCUUUAGGCUGCUGUUUGAUUCCAAGCAGCAUAGGGUAUGGAGCCUGAAGUGGAUACCUCCUGUAGCCAGGCAAGGCUUUCAGUGGAGGGAGGGAGACACCAACAUACCCAAAAAGCCUUUGCCUAAAUUUCCCUUGCCUACAAGAUGUGCAGUGACAAAGGUAGAGGAAUUAUUGAGAGAAUGGACAACCAAUGCCUCGCCCAAAUUAAGAUCCACAUCAUGAGAGACCCAACCCCUGACUAUAUUAAUAAUGCUCUGUUAUACUUUCUGACAGAAGCCUAGCACAACUGUCAUUUGCAAGGCUUCAUCCAGCAGCUGAUAAAAUCAGAUACAGAAACCUGCACCCAAAAAUUAGGCAGAGCUCAGGGAGUCUUGUGGAAGAGUCAGCGGAAUGAUUAAAGGAGCUGGAAGGUUCAAAGGUACCACAAGAAAACCUACAGAACCAACUAAUUUGAGCCUAUGGGAGCUCGCAAAGACUGAGCCACCACCCAAAAAGCAUGCAUGGACUGGACUUAGCCCCCCUAUACAUAUGCAGUAGAUAGACAUCUUGUUCUUCAUGUGGGUCCCCCAACAAUUUGAACAGAGCUGUCUCUUACUCAUACUCUGUUUCCUGCCUUUUGAUCCCUUUCCCCUAGAUGGACUGCCUUGUCUGCUCAAAGUUGGAGAGAAUGCAGUUAAUCCUCUUAAUGCUUGAUAUGUUAUGGCAGGUUGGUACUCAAGAUCAGAUGCUCACCUUGAAGGGGAGGGGAAAUGGGAAAAGAGAGUGAGAGGGUGGGACUUGGAGUAGAGGAGGUAGGCAAAUUGCAUUCAAGAUGCAAAAUGAAUAAAGAAGUAAAUUAAUGAAAAAUGCAGUCAUGAAAUGAUCUUAAGUUUGUCCCUUAUGUACAUUAAGCAUAAUCCCCAUCCAUUUGUCCUUUAAUCAUUGUCAAUAAAAGCUUCUGAAUAAAGCUGGGAGAUUGAAAAAUGCAGACCACCAAGACACUACUCAUUUCUCCAGUUCUGAUUCGCUCCUCUAUCCGGGGUCUAAUCAGGCCUGUGUCUGCCUCCCUCCUGAGUAGACCAGAGGCCCCAUCUAAACAGGCUUCCUUCAGAAGCUCCUCUCUCCAGGUGGCCAGAUGGGAAUCGCAGACCAGUGUCAUUUCCUGGGACAUAGACACAGCAGCCAAGUUUAUUGGUGCUGGGUCCGCCACAGUUGGUGUUGGGCCUGGCAUUGGCACAGUGUUUGGUAGCUAGAUAAUUGGCUAUGCUAGGAACCUAUCUCUCAAGCAGCAGCUCUUCUCUUAUGCCAUUCUGGGAUUUGCCCUGUCUGAGGCCAUGGGACUCUUCUGUUUGAUGAUCGCCUUCCUUAUCCUCUUCGCCAUGUGAGGCUCCAUGGGGUCACUCAGCAACCUCUGCUGCUUUGACUCCAUGCCAGUCCUGGUGCUGGAAUGUACUGAGCUUUACCAUUAAACAACAACAAC